UUCCCAGCAGGUCGUGGGUGCUGGGCGCCGGGCAUUCUUUCUGGUGCGUGUGGAGCAGUCGCUGUCGCCCGGUGUGCAGGCAAAUUCAUGGAUCCCGGCGGCCGGUGGCGAAACCUGCCCAGUGGGCCUAGCCUAAAGCACUUGACCGACCCCUCUUACGGGAUCCCGCGGGAGCAGCAAAAGCCAGCGUUGCAGGAGCUGACGCGGGCGCAUGUCGAGUCUUUCAACUACGCUGUGCGCGAGGGGCUCAGCCACGCGGUGCAGGCCGUCCCUCCCUUUGAAUUUGCUUUCAAAGAUGAGCGGAUCUCUCUCACCAUCGUGGAUGCCGUCAUCAGUCCUCCAGCCGUUCCCAAAGGGAGCAUCUGCAAAGAGCUCAACGUUUAUCCAGCAGAGUGCCGAGGCCGGAGGAGCACCUACCGGGGAAAGCUGACAGCCGAUAUCAGCUGGUCAGUGAAUGGAAUCUCAAAAGGAGUCAUUAAGCAGUUUCUGGGCUAUGUUCCCAUCAUGGUGAAAUCCAAGCUUUGCAACUUAUACAACCUUCCUCCAAAAGCCCUCAUCGAGCACCAUGAGGAAGCAGAGGAAAUGGGAGGCUAUUUUAUCAUCAAUGGCAUUGAAAAAGUCAUCCGAAUGUUGAUUAUGCCUCGCAGAAAUUUCCCCAUUGCAAUGGUAAGACCAAAGUGGAAAAGCAGAGGGCCUGGCUACACUCAGUAUGGAGUUUCAAUGCACUGCGUGAGAGAGGAGCAUUCCGCUGUCAACAUGAACCUUCACUAUUUGGAGAAUGGCACAGUCAUGCUCAACUUUAUUUACCGGAAAGAACUGUUUUUUCUUCCUUUGGGAUUUGCACUUAAGGCACUCGUCAGCUUUUCCGAUUAUCAGAUUUUUCAGGAGCUCAUCAAAGGAAAGGAGGAUGACUCUUUCUUUAGGAACUCGGUUUCUCAGAUGUUAAGGAUCGUAAUGGAAGAGGGAUGUUCCACACAAAAACAGGUCCUUAACUAUCUGGGGGAGCGCUUCAGAGUUAAACUCAGCCUUCCUGACUGGUACCCGAAUGAACAAGCUGCAGAGUUUCUGUUCAACCAAUGUAUCUGUAUCCACCUGAAAUCCAACACUGAGAAGUUCUAUGUGCUUUGUCUCAUGACCCGGAAGCUCUUUGCUUUAGCCAAAGGAGAGUGCAUGGAGGAGAAUCCUGACAGUUUAGUGAACCAGGAGGUUCUAACUCCUGGGCAGCUCUUCCUCAUGUUUCUGAAGGAAAAAUUGGAAGCUUGGUUAGUGUCUAUUAAAAUAGCUAUAGACAAGAAAUCUCAGAAGACCAAUGUGUCCUUAAACAGUGAAAAUUUGAUGAAGAUUUUUAGUCUGGGACUAGACCUUACAAAACCAUUUGAAUACCUUCUUGCUACUGGGAAUCUACGUUCUAAAACAGGUCUUGGCUUCCUACAAGAUUCUGGACUUUGCGUCGUGGCUGACAAGCUGAACUUCAUUCGCUAUCUCUCCCAUUUCCGCUGUGUGCACAGAGGGUCCGAUUUUGCUAAAAUGCGGACCACCACCGUGCGCAGGCUGCUGCCAGAGUCCUGGGGCUUCCUUUGUCCCGUGCACACCCCUGACGGGGAGCCCUGUGGUCUGAUGAACCACCUAACUGCCAUCUGUGAGGUUGUCACACAGUCUGUGUACACAGCAUCCAUUCCGGCUCUACUCUGCAGCUUGGGGGUCACUCCAGUUGACGGAACUCCACAUCGGCCGUACAGUGAGUGCUAUCCCGUCCUGCUGGAUGGUGUCAUGAUUGGCUGGGCCGAUAAGGAGAUUGCCCCUGGCAUUGCCGAUUCUCUCCGACAUUUUAAGGUGUUGAGAGAAAAAAGAAUCCCUCCCUGGAUGGAGGUGGCCCUGAUCCCCAUGACAGGAAAACCAAGUCUAUACCCAGGAUUGUAUCUUUUUACCACUCCUUGUCGACUGGUGCGGCCAGUGCAGAACUUGGAACUAGGCAAAGAAGAACUGAUUGGAACUAUGGAACAGCUCUUCAUGAAUGUUGCCAUCUUCGAGGAUGAGGUUCUGGCCAGAGUCACCACGCACCAGGAGCUCUUCCCUCACAGCCUGCUGAGUGUGAUCGCCAACUUCAUCCCUUUCUCAGAUCACAACCAGAGUCCGAGAAACAUGUACCAGUGUCAGAUGGGUAAGCAGACCAUGGGCUUUCCACUUCUUACUUUUCAAGAUCGAUCAGAUAAUAAACUGUAUCGUCUUCAGACUCCACAGAGCCCUUUAGUAAGACCGUACAUGUAUGAUUAUUAUGACAUGGAUAACUAUCCAAUUGGAACAAAUGCCAUUGUUGCUGUUAUCUCUUACACUGGCUACGAUAUGGAAGAUGCCAUGAUUGUGAAUAAGGCCUCUUGGGAACGAGGCUUUGCCCAUGGGAGUGUCUACAAGUCUGAAUUCAUAGAUCUGUCUGAAAAAAUUAAACAAGGAGAUGAUAGUCUGGUCUUUGGAGUCAGACCUGGAGACCCACGGGUUCUGCAGAAGUUGGACGAUGAUGGAUUGCCCUUUAUUGGAGCACAGCUGAAGUAUGGAGAUCCAUAUUACAGCUACCUGAACCUCAACACCGGGGAAGGCUUUGUGAUGUACUAUAAGAGUAAAGAAAACUGUGUUGUGGAUAACAUCAAAGUAUGCAGCAAUGAUACCGGAAAUGGCAAGUUCAAGUGUGUGUGCAUCACGAUGCGAGUCCCCCGGAACCCAACAAUUGGGGAUAAGUUCGCCAGUCGUCAUGGGCAGAAGGGCAUCUUGAGUAGGCUGUGGCCAGUGGAGGACAUGCCAUUCACCGAGAGUGGGAUGGUCCCUGACAUUCUGUUCAACCCCCAUGGUUUUCCAUCCCGCAUGACCAUAGGCAUGCUGAUCGAGAGCAUGGCUGGCAAGUCCGCAGCUCUGCACGGGCUCUGCCACGACGCGACCCCCUUCACCUUCUCAGAGGAGAACUCAGCCCUGGAAUACUUUGGCGAGAUGCUGAAGGCCGCUGGCUACAACUACUAUGGCACUGAGAGGUUGUACAGCGGCAUUAGUGGGCUGGAGCUAGAAGCAGACAUCUUCAUAGGCGUGGUAUAUUACCAGCGUUUACGCCACAUGGUCUCUGACAAAUUCCAAGUGAGGACCACAGGAGCCCGAGACAAAGUCACUAACCAGCCUAUAGGGGGCAGAAACGUCCAGGGUGGAAUCCGUUUUGGGGAGAUGGAGCGGGACGCCCUUUUAGCUCAUGGUACAUCUUUUCUCCUCCAUGACCGCCUCUUCAACUGCUCGGAUCGGUCAGUGGCCCACGUAUGUGUGAAGUGUGGCAGUCUGCUCUCCCCGCUGUUGGAGAAGCCGCCCCCAUCGUGGUCCGCCCUGCGCAACAGGAAGUACAACUGUGCCCUGUGUAACCGCAGUGACACCAUCGACACCGUCUCCGUGCCUUACGUCUUUCGGUAUUUUGUAGCUGAACUGGCAGCUAUGAACAUCAAAGUGAAGCUGGACAUCGUUUAACCUGACGCAGGUCUUUUGGGUCAAGACUGCUAUCAGAUUAAAACAAGAUGUCGUUCUGGUGAGGCUAUUAAUAGUUAUUACUCUGGAGUUUUUCAUGGUUGUCAGAGCUCUCAAUCAAGACCUGGCCACUCAGAAGGCAGACUUUCUCAGUUGCUCUAGUAUAACUACUGAAGGUGACUUUCAGUAUGUUUAUUCUUUAAAAAUCAUAUGCUGACAAAUAAAAGGAUAUUCAGGGGAAAGUGUUUAACCCCAGGUUCUCUGCAUCCUGCUUUCAGCAGGCAGUGUCUGUCAAACAUCUAUCUGUCCAUGUAGAGCAGAGCAGUUCAAUAUAAACACAGUGCAAGCAUCUAUGUAAUUUUAUAUUUUCUUACAUUAAAAAAUAGAAGGUAGAAAUUUUUAACAGCUUUAUUGAAGUAUAUGUUUACACAAAAAGUGCACGUUUAAUGUAUGUAAUUAAGUGGGUUUGAACAUAAGCACACACCUGUGAAUGAUCACAACAGUCAUGGUAAUAAACAUCACCUCCACAAGUUUCCUUGUGCCCCUUUGGGUUGUUUUUGGUGUUUUUAUGGUAAGAACACAGAACCUGACAUCUAUGCUCUGGACUAUGGAUAGAACACAAAUUAAUAUAUCUCUCCAUAAAAAGUUAUUCAAAAGAUUGAUGUGUGUCUCCAGAAACUGGGUCUUUGUAUAACAAAAAAACAAUGUCUUUAUUGAAAGUGAAAGUUGCUCAGUCAUGUCCGACUCUUUGCGGAAUUCUCCAGGCCAGAAUACAGGAGUGGGUAACCUUUCCCUUCUCCAGGGAAUCUUCCCAACCCAGGGAUUGAACCCAGGUUUCCAGCAUUGCAGGGGAUUCUUUACCAACUGAGUCAUCAGGGAAGCCUGUAUUUACUGAAGGAGUGAUAAUAUUGAAUCUGUAUAUAACAUAUCUAUGAGUGAAUGGUUGCUAAAACACAUAAAAAGAUAUAACUCAAAAUUGAAUUUUAUACUUACGUGACUAUAACAAAAAUACAUCUAAAAGAGCUAUAUUCAACAUGGAAUGAUACAAAAUAUAUUAACAUCUAUGAAUGGAUAGUUUGUAUAAAACAAUUUACUGAGGAAAUAGCUGAAUGCAAGAAUGAUUAGUAUCUUUUGGAAUAAACUACUGUAGAGUAGGAACAGCUAUACACACCCAACUCAGCUAUAUGCUAUGUAUCUAUAGUUAUAAUAGGAAAAUAGAAUAUAGAAGAAAAUAUUUCAAUAUAAGAGAAAUUUCUAUAUACAUACUUGAAUAUAUCUUUUAUAUCUCCAUGAAUGGCUUGUCAAUCUAAAUGAGUGUAUCUACUAAAAGGAAGGAUUUAUACACAAAAGUGAGUGACAGAAAAUAUGUCUAAGUGGCAUGUUGGUAGAAAACAAAAAAGGUGUCAGGAAUUCCCUAAUGGUUCAUGUGUUAGGACCCUGUGCUUUCACUGCAAGAAGCCUGGGUUCGAUCCCUGGUCAGGGAACUAAGGUCUCACAAAAAGUGCAGCCAAAAAGAAAAAAAGAAACUGUCUACUGAAAGGAAACAUCUAUAUAACACGUACUAUGAAUCUGGAAUAAAAUGUGGCUAAAAUGGAAAUGACUAUAUC